AUGGCUGCCGCCGAGGUCCCUGUCCUUUCUGAGUCCUUCACCCAAAUCAAAGAGCAGAAGUUGAAGCCUGGAGACCAGGAAAAGGAAAAGGAGGAGAGUGGGGUACAAAGAAUGGGAGCCCAAGAGUGUACUGUCGAGGUGGAGGCCGAGUUCUGCCAGCUUCUGGAUGCAGGGCCCCAGAAAGACCAGCCCGAGCUGCCUUUGUGGGUCCCGGUAGAUGGCGACAGGCAAAUCCUGACCCUGCAGACCUUGCACCUGACCUCCCAGGAUGUGCACCUGCAAGGGCUGGGUUGGCUGAGCGUGCCACACUCCGAGGGGUUCCCAGUGAUGAUGCCACAAGCGGAAAGCUUCCUGCCACUGUCCUCCGUGCUGUGGCUGGAACAAGAGUCCCAGCCCAGCCUUCAGCAUUGUGUGGCCAUCAGCAUCCCGGAAGAGCUGUGCCCACCUGAGGAGCUGGAGCGCACGCAUUUCCACCUGCUCUGGGAGAGUGUGCCAGUGGCUGAGGAGGACCAAGAAUUAAUGCCAGACUUGGGUGAAGGCACAGCCCUGAUGAAGUUUGAAGACAAGGAGAAGGACCAACCGUUGUCAGAGGGAGGACCAGAUAAGGAAGGAGAAGAGAGAUAUCUUUUUGUGGAAGUGGCCCCGGAUAAUGAAGGAAAAGAUGAAAUCGUUCUGACCAUUUCCCAUCUGAACCUAGAAGAGCAGCAAGAUCAGCCCGCACCAGACCAGACAAGUGCGCCUAAAGCUGCAGCCACGAAACCUCCGAGGAAGGCCAAGGGAAAGCCACGCACCUUCCAGUGCGAUGUCUGCCUGUUCACGUCUUCCAAAUUCUCAACUUUCACCCGCCACAAGAAAAUUCACAACGACGAGAGGCCUCACCUGUGCCACCUGUGCCUGAAGGCUUUCCGCACUGUCACCCUCCUCCGGAACCACGUCAACACCCACACAGGAACCAGGCCCUACAAGUGCGGGGACUGCGACAUGGCCUUUGUCACCAGCGGAGAACUGGUCCGGCACAGGCGUUACAAACACACUUAUGAGAAGCCCUUCAAGUGCUCCAUGUGCAAGUAUGCCAGCGUCGAGGCAAGCAAGCUGAAGCGCCACAUCCGCUCACACACGGGUGAACGGCCCUUCCAGUGCUACCAAUGUGCUUACGCCAGCAAGGACACCUACAAGCUGAAACGCCAUAUGCGGAUCCACUCAGGUGAGAAGCCCUAUGAAUGCCCCACGUGCCAUGCCCGGUUCACUCAGAGUGGGACCAUGAAGAUCCACGUGGCACAGAAGCAUGGAGAGAAUGUGCCCAAACACGUGUGUCCCCACUGUGCUACCGUCAUCGCAAGGAAGAGCGACCUGCGGGUCCAUCUGCGCAACCUGCACAGCCACACCCCCGUGGAGAUCAAGUGCCGAUACUGUCCUGCUGGCUUCCAUGAGCGCUAUGCCCUCAUCCAGCACCAGAGGACCCAUAAGAACGAGAAGAGGUUCAAAUGCAAGCAGUGUGAUUACGCAUGCAAGCAGGAGCGCUGCUUGAUGGCACACAUGCGCACACACACGGGAGAGAAGCCAUUCGCCUGCCUCGACUGCAACAAGCACUUCCGGCAGAAGCAGCUGCUCAUGGUGCACCUGAGGAAGUACCAUGACCCGAGUUUCGUCCCCAGUGUGCACCUUUGCCUCAAGUGCGGGAAACACUUUUCCCGCCGGAGUAACCUGCAGAGACAUAGGAAGAAGUGUGACCCCGAGCACGAGAAGUUGGCUACCUCCAUAAAAGGAGGAGCAGUGCAGAAGAAGCAGACCAUGGAGGAAGGCCCAGGAUCGGACAACGAUACUGCUGACCAGGAGAGCAACACCGUGAAGGAGGUGCAGUGCCCUGGAGAGCUGGCUCUCGGCCACCACAGUGACGAUCGUGCAGGAAAGAGCGAGAGCCAGGAUGAAGGCCUGACCUGCGAGAUGAUCUUAAACAUGAUGGAUAAGUGACAGGCUGCUCCAUGUUGUGGCCUCUAGGGAAGAAACCAGUUAGAAAUAGGAUCACCAUGGUGAUAGCCGUGUUCUCAGAGUUUGAUGUAGUAUGUAGAAAUGUUUGAAAAAAAAAUCCACGACUUUUUCCUGAAGACUGGAGUCAGAGCUUGGAGUGAAGGGCACACCUCAGCCCCAUGGGUUCACCCUCUGGGCACUGGCAGGGUGGCCCACCAUGAGCCAGGGACAGGUUUUAGGAAAUAUUUAUUUCCACAGAUGCUCAGCCCAGCUAGCGCCUUGGUGGUUAGAACAGAAAAACUUUUGAGUUGUUGUACCCACCCUUGGUAGUUCUGAUACUAUGAUGUUUUAAACCCAAGGAUGAAUCAUACGCCCUUUUUAUACCAAUGAAUUUUUCACGAUGUUUAAAGCUACCAAAAUGCUUUUAAUGAAUUCUAAACUCAACCCAAAGAUCUUAAUGCUAUAAAAAGAUGGAGUGGUAGAAAGCAAUAAGUAUCCCAAUUGACUAGAAAAAAAAAUGAUAUAUACAAUAGAUUUUACUUUGCCAUAGAGCAAGUCUCGCCUUUAGAUUUUUUGCCCCCCUACUUUUGUAGACCUGUAGACUGAACCCAGGGCCUGGUGUAAGCUAGGCUACACCCCAAGCCUCCAGUCCAUUUUUUUUUAACAUUAAGUUGCCCUGGCAACUUGAACUCAUUCGGCAGCCCAGCCACACUCUGAAACAACCAUCCUCUUAUGUCAGGAUCCCAAGUAGCCGAACGAUUGGCCUUUGCCACCAGGCCUGGUCUGUAUUUUCCUUUAAUUACAAUCUUUGCUAGAUAUGAAAUUGCCCUGGCAUUGUUACUAGAAUUAUUUUUAUUCUUAGCCAGGUGUGACACACUCUUCCCAGCACUUAGAAGGUAGAAGCCACAGGAUGGGGUCACCCUCAGCUACAUAUCAAAUUCUAGGCUAGCCUGAGCUACAUGAGAGUCUCUCUCAAAAAACAUAUAUCUAUGUAAUUUCUUAGCACUUUGGUUUCUGCCCCCUUUUGUUUUGUUAGAAGUAUUUUAUUUACAUUUUUAAAAUGAUUGGCUGUGAGAAGAAAUCUGAAAAUUUGAUAAUGAAAUGUGUAUUUGUGAAGAAUUCGAACUUCUUGUAAUUCUCACUAGUUCGGGAGAAUGUCUUUUUCCAGCCCUCAUUCUGGCACUCAGUGUCUGGGGUCUCUGAGAUUAGCUAGGAUCUGUCUGCAGGAGCUUUGCCUAGCAUCCGCCUGCUCUGGAGUCCUACACUGCCAUGUCUCCGGAUCACCCACAAACUCCAAGUUCAAAUUCUUAAAAUGUUGAUCUGUUCAAAACAUGCCACGUGUGAAGGAAGUCCUUGUGGUGUGGUCACGGGAGCAUUUUGUGCCUCAGAUGAAUUCCGCUCAUAUGUGACAUGCAACAGGAUUUAAACUCUGUGGUCAGCUGUAUGCUGUUAUUGUUAUUUUUGACUGUUGUAAAAGAUUUUUGCACAAUUCAAUAAAAUGAAAUGAUUU